AUGGAUAGCGACGAGGACACCCGCAUGAUGGAUGUAGACUUCCCGCCUGCUCUCUCCAAAGGAAAAGGAAGGGCGAAGGAUGACCACCCCCAGGACGAUGAGAACCUGCCUUGGGUGGAGAAAUACCGGCCAGUUACUCUUGAUGACGUUGUGUCGCACAAAGAUAUUAUUACAACCAUUGAAAGAUUCAUCGAGAAGAACCGACUGCCUCAUUUGCUCUUUUAUGGACCUCCCGGAACGGGCAAAACGUCGACAAUCCUAGCAGUGGCGAGACGAAUCUAUGGGUCUGACUAUCGGAAACAAAUUCUUGAACUCAAUGCCUCUGACGAUCGUGGUAUCGACGUUGUUCGUGAACAAGUGAAACAAUUCGCAGAAACAAGAACGCUCUUUUCUAAAGGAUUUAAACUCAUCAUCCUUGACGAGGCCGAUAUGAUGACCCAGCAAGCUCAAGCUGCUCUUCGCCGUGUAAUCGAACAGUACACCAAGAAUGUCCGCUUCUGUAUAAUUUGCAAUUACGUCAACAAAAUUGCUCCUGCCAUUCAAAGUCGAUGUACUCGCUUUAGAUUCUCUCCUUUGCCUAUCGCCCAGGUUGAAAAACGUUUGGCCACGGUCGUUGAAUCGGAAAAUGUAAACUUGACAAGCGAUGGGAAGAAGGCCCUCCUUAAGCUUUCUAAAGGAGACAUGCGACGUGCCCUCAAUGUUCUGCAGGCCUGUCACGCCGCAUAUGACAUCGUUGGUGAAACAGAAGUCUACAAUUGUACAGGCAACCCUCAUCCUUCCGAUGUCGAGGCCAUCAUAAACUCCAUGCUAUCAGAUGAGUUCACGACUUCUUAUCAGAUGAUAACCAAGCUCAAGACGGAAAGAGGAUUGGCUCUUCAAGAUCUUCUCACCGGAGCCUACGAAUAUAUCGAAACCGUGGAACUCAAACCACAUGCCAGGAUCUACCUACUUGAUCAUCUUGCCGUGACAGAGCACCGUCUAGCAUCAGGUGGGAGUGAGAAGAUGCAACUCACGGCAUUGCUCGGCGCCUUCAAGAACGCCCUGGAAUUGACUACCAAGGCGGCCUGA